UUGUUACAAUUAUUAUUAUUGAUUGCGUUACGAUACGAUACAGCAACUACGCUUUCACAGAGCAUUUGUGAAAAAACCGCCUUUGAUACAUGCGUAUCUAACUAAUAUUUUAUGAAAACAUAAAAAUAUUUAUAACUUAUAAUUAUUUUUUCAAGUCAAGCCUUGUUAGGUAACUGUGAAUAGUCCUUAAAAGUAAAUUUCUUUCAUAAAAGUGGUAAUUAAUGAAAAUAAUUUAUUUGUUUGUUAGUUUUUAAGUUAUGUUGUGCAACAUUUACGUAAACAGUGGUACUAGGAGAAUUGAUUUGAAAGGAGAUACAGAUUAAGGGCCAAUAAGGAAUCACAAUAAAGCAGUCUGUGUUGGAUUUUGAACUACUUCGUAACUCAGGACUGGUUCAAGAGUAACUAUGCUACUACGUAAGACGUUCCGUGAAAUCGCAUUCAAAGCCGAACUGGAUCGCCACAUUGUUCCCGAGUGCGAGGACCAGGCCCGCAUAUUGUGUGGAGAGGAUCCAGAUAAUCGGACAAACGCGAUCAAGGAACUGAGGGACAUGAUACUUGACAGAGGUGAAUGUAACCCGCCUCGGUUGGACGAUGCGUUCUUAUUGAAAUUUUUACGUGCCCGUCGUAGUAUUCCCGCUCGGGCUCAUCGCUUGUUGGUACGUUACUGCAGAUUUCGAGAUCAAAACCCGAAAUUAUGGAAGGACGUAUAUUGGUACGGCCUUGCUCGUCUUGGGCAUAUCUUCGAAGGCGUGUUGUAUGACAGGCCUGAUGUUGGUCGACUUAUCAUUGGAAGACUUGGUGAAUGGGACCCGGACAUCAUAACAGCCGAGGAGUUGAUGAGCGGUAUGCUUCUGCUGCUUGAAGUGGGCAUCAUGCAGCCAAAACUUCAGGUGCUCGGUGGGAUUGCUCUGCUGGACUGUGAAGGGAUGACGCUGUACCACAUGAGGCAGCUCACGCCCACUGUCGCGAUACAGGCUAUGAAUGUCAUGGGGUACUCCUUCCCUCUACACCAACGUGGCGUGCAUGUCAUCAAUUGUUCUAGAAUCAUCGAGAAGCUUUUCUACUUAUUCAAACGGCUAGCUCCAGUCGAUGAUAUCUGGAAAAAUGUCUACUUCCACGGAUACGACAACAGUUCCUUGCACCGGUACAUAGAUCCUCAAUGUCUACCUGUACGAUACGGCGGCUUCAGAGAGGCUGUAUCGCUGGGAGAAUGGUUAACAGCCAUCAGGCAAUAUAAGGACGAAGAGUUUGACAAGGAUAUGAGUAGCAUAGGUUAUGCAGUGUGA